AGGUUAAGAACCUGAAGCGGAAGAAGGUCCUCCCCCUCCUCCAAGUCAUGGCGACGAAGAGAAGCGAAAAAGCCAGUAGUAAAGAAGCAGAGACGAAGAGCAAGGAACUCAAAGAUAGCGAGAUAUUCGCAUCAUGCUCUUUCUCCAGCCUCGGCCUCCAAGUCUCCUUAUGCGACCAGCUCCGAGAAAGGAUGGGCUUCGAAGUCCCGACCCUGGUACAGGCCCAAGCGAUUCCGGUUAUUCUCUCCGGGCGUCACGUACUUGUGAAUGCUGCUACUGGGACGGGCAAAACGGUGGCGUACUUGGCUCCGAUUAUUCAUCACUUGCAGGGGGACCAACCUCGUGUUCAGCGCUCUGAUGGAACUUUUGCGUUGGUCCUUGUACCAACGCGGGAGCUAUGCAUGCAGGUUUAUGAAAUUUUGCAGAAGUUAUUGCACCGAUUUCAUUGGAUUGUCCCGGGUUAUAUAACGGGUGGUGAAAACAGGUCAAAGGAGAAAGCCAGGCUGCGCAAAGGCAUAUCUAUUCUUGUUGCAACUCCUGGGCGCCUUUUGGACCACUUAAAGAAUACAACAUCCUUCUUGCACACUAAUUUGCGUUGGAUAAUCUUUGACGAAGCAGAUAGGAUUUUGGAAUUAGGAUUUGGGAAAGAAAUAAAGGAAAUACUAGAUCUUUUGGGUUCCAGGAAAAAGGGCCAUGUUGGCAAGGAGAAUGAUGAUUCAUAUAAUUCUAAACCUCAGAGGCAGAAUGUGUUAUUAUCAGCUACCUUAAAUGAAAAAGUAAAUCAUCUUGCUAAAAUUAGUUUAGAGAAUCCUGUUAUGAUUGGCCUUGAUGACAAGAAGAUACAGCCGGUAUUAUCAUUUAAAGGUUUGGGAUCUAACGUGAAUGAUGAAUUUGAAUAUCCUGUUAAAUCCACGAGCUCUUCAAUUGGAGAUUUCCGGGUUCCAGAUCAAUUAGUUCAGAGAUAUGUGAAAGUACCCUGUGGCUCACGGCUUGCUGUACUUCUUUCCAUUCUAAAGCAUCUUUUUGAGAGAGGAACAAGCCAAAAGAUUGUGGUAUUCUUUUCAACAUGCGAUGCAGUAGAUUUUCACUAUUAUCUGUUAAGUGCAUUCAAGUUCUCGGCUCAUUCACAACCAGAUGAAGAACUAAGACAGAUGUUAGUUCGUUGCAAAACUUUUCGAUUACAUGGGAAUAUGAAGCAGGAGGAUAGAAGAACCACGUUUCAGGCUUUCAAAACAGAAAAAUUGUCUCUUCUCUUGUCCACAGAUAUUGCUGCUAGAGGCUUGGAUUUUCCAGAAGUUAGAUUUAUCAUACAAUAUGAUUCUCCAGGAGAGGCUACAGAAUAUGUGCAUAGAGUUGGAAGAACUGCUCGCUUGGGUGAAAGAGGAGAUUCAUUGUUGUUUUUGCAACCAGUUGAAAUGGAUUAUUUACUGGACCUGGAGAAACAUGGCAUAUCACUAACUGAGUAUCCCCUCCUUAAAGUGUUGGAUAGUUUUCCAUUGUACAAUGAGAAGAACUAUGUCAAGAAGGUUCUGACUUUAGAGUUUCAUCCCUGGGUGCUACUUGUGCAGAAGGCACUUGAAUCAUUUAUCCUAUCCGAGCCUACGAUCAAGAACCUAGCCAAGAACGCAUUUUGCUCCUGGGUACGUGCAUACACUGCCCAUCGUGGUGAGCUGAAAAGAAUUUUUAUGCUGAAGAAACUUCACUUGGGGCAUGUCGCAAAGAGCUUUGCAUUGAAAGAACAACCCUCCUUAGUUGGACAGUCAUUCCAAAAGCAAACAAAGAAGAGAAAGAGAGAUGAAAAGCAAAGGGGGCUGUCGAAAAAGAGGAAGUUUGUGCGUAAAACAUGAAUGCUGAAUAUCAAGCAGCAACAAUGUGAAUCGGUUGUUGAGGGGGGAUGCUGCUGCUGCUUAUUAAAGCUAUGCUGGUAAAUUGUUUAUAGCUUUUACAUUGUCUAGGUAGCAGACGAUGGCUAAACGAAUGGAAGCUGGGAGUGAGGGAAUUGAAUAGGUCAAUGCUUUUGAGUGGUUCAUUUGCAGCGGGCCAAAGCAAUUGCAUAUGCCAAAGGUAUUGUUCUUAGUUCAGGAAUGAUUUGAGGGUCAUGUAGUUCUACUGUAGUUUAGGAGCUUGUAUUGAGAUUUGGUGAUUAAAGUUUUGACACACAAACAGAGAAUAUAAAGGCAUUUUGUUUGUGAA